UGCAACCAGUAAAAUCGGUGUGUGUAUUCAGUUAAUUAAAUUAUCAAUUUUCAUUCAUAAUUAAAGUUUUGGUUGCCCUUUUUCACCCACACAGUAUUAAAAUAUCCUUUUUUCGUACGACUAGACUGGUUUUCAUUGUUUUAUCUACACCGUUUGAUGCGAAAGAAGUUUGAGGUUAUGUUCUCUCAGGUGCACAACGUGAACAAAAUCUGCGGCCGGUGUUACGUUUAGCCAUUUUUAUCAAUAAAACUCGAAAAGAGCGCCUAGUUACAGUCUCGUAUGACAGGACAGAACAAAUUCUCAAUUGGUUUGUCAUUUCUGGCACAUGAAAACCGCAAUGUGUAAAUCUUCCUUAUAACGGUGUCCUCUUUUGAAAAACCAAAAAUUUACCCCCAUCAUGUUCCGAAUAAACCAUUUGCUAAAACUCAGAAACGUGAGCCUUAAACUUAUCCAGAAAUCUCCAGUUGAAAGGGCAUCAUGUUUUGCUGUACAGCGUGUAGAUUUCCACCGAGUCGUUCGAUUCUAUUCAAGAGACAAAGACGACCCCAGUAAAAAGGUACCAAAAAUUGAUGAGAAAACCUGUGAUGAAAAAAAACUCAAAAAAGAACGUAAAGUUGUCCUUCGUGAUUGUAAACCUGUCGAUAUCCAUCCUUGCCACCCUCCUAAACCUGGUGCCCAAUCGCGUCUACCACAUAUAAAUGAGGAUGAGUGCCCCCCAAAACCCACGCUUGAGGAAGAAUGCCCGCAGGCUAAGAUAGAGCCCCCUCCGGUGUGCCCCCACGAUAGGGGCAGCUGGUGGGACAACUACAAGAAUGCGAUAAUUGCAGGGCUUCUUCUAGCGGCAGCAACUUUAGGCGCGUUACUCUUGGCUGGCCAGGGCGAUAAAGUAGAGGAAGUUGUGGAAAAGAAGAAGGAAGUUGAAAAGAAGAAAAAAUCAAAGAGGGUCCCCAUUAAAGAUCCACCCACAUCAGCCGAUAUUCCAAAUAAAGUCCCAUAUCUUCUCAUAGGAGGGGGCACCGCGUCAUUCGCGGCCUUUCGUGCCAUCAAAUCGGCGGACCCCAAAGCAAAAGUUUUAGUUAUUACUAAUGAGUCGUUUCACCCUUACAUGCGGCCCCCUCUUUCUAAAGAAAUGUGGUACAACGAGGAUGCAGAAGCAGUAAAAAAGCUCAUUUUUAAACAAUGGAACGGUUCCGAGCGAAACCUGUUUUACGAACCAGAUGACUUCUACAUCAAGUGUACACAGUUGAUUCAAAAUCCGAAUGGGGGCGUCGCAGUCGCUCGAGGUUAUACAGUCACCCAUCUUGACGUCUACAACCGUAUUGCAUACCUUGACGAUGGAUACGCUAUCGAGUACGACAAAUGUCUCCUCGCUACAGGUGCCAACCCAAAAAUGCUAAACGUUUUUGACGCCGCCUGUUCAUCUGACCCCAACGUGGACGAAAGAGUGAUGCUUUUCCGAAACAUUUUUGAUUUUGAGGACGUCUUUGAAGCUUUUGAGGCGUCUAAGUCGGUGGCGAUCAUAGGCGGCGGGUUCUUGGGCAGCGAACUGGCUUGUGCUUUAGCGCGGAAAGGCAAAAAGAAAAACCGGGACGUGUACCAAAUCUUCCGCGAGAGCGGCAACAUGGGCAAAAUCCUCCCCGAGUACCUCAGUAACUGGACAACUGAAAAAGUGAAAGCGGAGGGCGUCCACGUUUUAAAAAACACAGAAGUCAUAGGCGUAAAAUUCGAAGAUGGCCGCCUUUUGCUCGUCCUCAGCGACGGCAAAAUGAUCUCCGUGGACCACGCGAUCGUCGCCGUGGGCGUAGAACCCAACACCGACGUAGCGGAAAAGUCAGGCCUCGAAGUGGACCCCGAACUGGGUGGAUUCCUCGUCAACACCGAGCUGAUGGCCAGGUCCCACCUAUACAUAGCCGGCGAUUGCGCCUGCUUCUACGACACGAAGUUGGGGCGGCGACGAGUGGAGCACCACGACCACGCGGUAGUCACGGGCCGGCUAGCCGGGGAGAACAUGACGGGCGGCAGAAACCCCUACUUGCACCAGAGCAUGUUCUGGUCGGACCUCGGACCCGACGUGGGGUACGAAGCUAUCGGGGUUGUGGACGCGAGUUUGCCCACGGUAGGCGUGUUCGCCAAGGGGUCGGACAAGGACACCCCCAAGGCGGUGGUCACGGAAACGGGAGAAGGGAUAAGGUCGAAGACUGAGGCGCAGCAAAGCGAGAACAAGAACAAAAGCCAAGAGAAGGAAGGAGACGAGGAGAAGAAGGAAGAAAGUAGUCAGGAUUAUGGAAAAGGAGUCGUUUUUUAUUUAAGGGAUGAUGUGGUAGUCGGAAUUGUGUUGUGGAACGUAUUCAAUCGAAUGGCGACUGCUAGGCAAGUGCUGAAGGAUGAGCGCAAGUACGACGAUCUCAACGAAGUGGCGAAACUUUUCAACAUUCACGAAGAUUAAUCUACAUUCCGGCACGCGCCAUGAAUUUUUGCAGUUUGUUUGUGUGAGAAGUUGGAGCUUCGAUUGAUUCGUUCUAUUGUAUAUAGAAAGAAGUUUAAAAAUAAAUGUCAACUUUGCCA